AAAUUAGAAAAUAAUAGCUUUUAAACAGGUUAAUCAAAUAAUUAGAUAUAUAAAUUCAUAAAAAUUAAUACAUAAAUGUCUAAUGAAAAUUUAUAAACUAGAAGCGAUGAGAAAUAAAAAGGUUUAAGAUUAAGGGAGUUUGAAUGGUAUGAAGUUGAGACAAAGAUAAGAUAAUUUGUAUUUGAGCUGAUUGAUCCUAAUAUUAAUAAAUUAAUGAAAGAUAGACAGAAAGUAGAUGGCUUUGAAGAUUUACUAAACUAAAUUUAGGAAAAAAUAUAAUAAUUUGAUGAGACUUUAAUAUAAAAUGAGAGAAGAAUGAAAAUUUUUGAUGAGGCAACUAAAAGAUUUAAUAAUUUACAUUAAGAGCUUGGUAAAAUUAAAAUUGAUAUAAAAGAAAAGGGUGACAGUAUGGUGAAAACAAAUUAAAAUAAUGAAAUUUUAUUUACCUAGAUAUAGGGAUAAAUUAAAUAACAAUCCUUAUAAAUAGAUUCGAGUAAUAUGAAUAUGGAAUAAUCAGUAAAGUAAAUGGACAAAUUUAAAUAAGAAAUAUCUUAUUUAAUAGACAAUCAAUCUAGCAAAUAAACUAAAUUAAAGGAAGAGAUUAAAGCGUACAUGACAGAGUAGUCUGAAAUUUAGUAAGAAAUGAAUAAUAGCAUAAAUACACUUUAAUCAUCUUUAGGAUAAAAAGGAAUUCAUAUAAAAUAGAAUACUGAAAUAAUUAAUUAACUGUAGAAAAGGAUGCUUUAAAACGAGAACGAUAUAUUUAAUAUCAAUAAGAAAUUAGAGGAUAUACCUAUUCUACAGCAAAAAGUGUAGCUAAUAUAAUAAUGUAUUGAUAAACAAUAAAAAGAUUUAUCAAUGCUUUGUUCAUUUAUUGAUUUACACAUUCCACUAAAUACUUACACACAAAUUACAGAAUGUUUAUAUGCUUGUAUUUCUAAUGAAGCCUAAAAGAAGCUAGUAGAUUUUGAUGAAAAGCAAUUUAAAAUACUAAAUAAUCGCUUAUAAUAGUAGGAAACAUAACAGCUAAACCAAUCUAAUGAAUUAAACUAUGAGAAGUAGAAUGUGCCAAUUUCAAUAGACUUUUCUGAGAUUAAUAAGCUCUUUUAAGAUAAAAUAUCAAAUAUUGUCAAAAGAAAUGCAAAAUUUAAAAAAAUAAGCUUAAAUAGAUAAAAGCUUUUGAAAAACUAGAAUAAAGAAGAGCGGUUAUCAAGCUAAUAGAAAGAAUAAAAUUAAAAUGAUGUUAAUCUAAACAAUUUCUAUGAAUAGAAUACAGAAGAAAAGUAUUCAAUACCAGCUGUAUAAUAAACAUAAUAAGAAAAUACUAAUAAUAGCUAAGAGUUUAAUGAAGUUUUUCCAAAAUAAUUGGCAUAGAGUAAUAGCAAUAUUUAGCAAAAUUAGCUCAAAUCUUCUAAUUAAGCAAGUACUUAAAAUAGUAGAAAAGAUCAGAGAUAUUUUGAUUAAUCUUCUAAAACAAAUAGAGCUUAUUCACCAGAUGGAAACGAAGAAGAGAUUUUAAGUGUAGAAGAAAUUAUAGCUAAAGAGUUAUCAAGUCCUAAAUUUUAUUAGAAAGUAGAAGAUUAAUUUAAAUAGUAUACUCAUAAAUUUGAGAAUUAACAAUAAGAAUUCUAGCUAAAAAUAAAUAAAUAGCUUGAAGAAAGGGAAGAGUAUAACUAAAUUUAAUAUAAUAGGUGCUAUGAAAUGAUAGAGUAAGAAUAAAAUAAAACAAAUAGCAUGAGGUUAGGUCUUUCUAAUACUGUUGAUGCAUAAAAUGAUAGCUUAAACACUAUUUAAUAAUGCUUAUAGUUAAUUUAGUAGGCAAAUCAUAUUUUUGAAUCAAAUGUCUUUCAUUUAAAUUAAUUCUGCACAAUUAUUACUCAUUUAUUCCUCUAGGACGAAAAAGAUAAAAAUUCAAUUGGACUUUAUGGCUUUCGAGAGAGUCCUAUAGACUAAAAUACAGGAUUCUAAUAAAAUUUUUGCUAACAGGAUAACUAAAGAAUAAACUAGAAUAGUUAAAGAGGAUUCAUAAGCAAUAUACAUUUUGAUGAUAAAUGUCUAAGCUGUUCAGGCUAAUAAAUAUAAAUAAAUUAGUUGUUUAAGCUUGCAUGUUUAGCAUACAAGCCAUAACCAGUUUAUUUAGAUGGUAAAAACUAUACAAGAAUAGAUUUACUUUAAUUCUGCUAAAAAAUAUUAUCAAGUAUUUCUCUAGAUCCUUCUCAUAACAAAGCUUAGCCUCAAAAAAUAUACAAAAAAGUAUUGAGAUAAUCAAUUAGAUUGGAUGAUUAAAAAGAUUAAACUAAGUAGUAAACAAAUAAUGAAGCUUUUUUAUAAGAAACAUGUAGGUCUUUAAACGAACCUAGUACUCAUCAUGUAGGAACUUCAAACACUCUAAGCUAAACAAUAGAUUAAGGAUGUUCUACUUAUCGUCCUUCACUUUUAAAUUAAUCUAAUAAUAAUUUAGAAAAUGAAAUUAAUUUACUAAAUAAUUCAUUGACUUCAAGGGAGUAAAAGGAAGGUAACUAUUAUGAAAUAUAGGAAUCAAAUCCACGUGCUUAGCUAAGAUCAAGAGAAUAAAAUUUUUUUCAAUAAGAAUAAUCAUAUUGUUAAGAGGAUAAGCUCAAAAGGUUUUCAAGUUUAGAUAGCAAACAAAUAUAGGUUAAUGAUUUUAAUUUUAACUAAUUAACCUGUUCUUAAAUUAAAAUUACAACACAGCAUAAAGUAAGAAAACUCAUUCAAAGUAAACCUAAUUAAAAAUCUUAAACAUAAUAAAAUAACGAAUAAUUUUAGCUAAACAGAACUUCCAUUAACUUUUCAAAAAAUCCAUAAAAUAAUAAAGAAAAGGUGUCUUCUUACGAGAAAAGAAGAUAGUUUAUCAUGAAACAAAGUAUUGUUUCAUUAAAUAAUUCAUCUAUAAAUCACUGA